CUUUUUUUAUAAAUAUUGAACAUGUUAAAUUGUUAAAAGAAAUAUGACAAUAAACAGCUGAUAAUUAAUGUAAACAAAAUAAAAUGGAACCAACAUCACCAUGGAAGACGCCAAACCAAGUAAUGCAACUUCACAAGCUGAAACGAAAGAAAAAAGCUUUACAGGAGCGAAUGAAACAACCUUUAAGACCACCGAGUGAAGAAACUACUGCUCCAAAUACGACAAAUUUAGAUUUUUCAAGAAUUAUCAAUGGUGACAAAAGAAAAAAUCCUUUUUCAAAAUGCAGUGCGGAAUCAAAUAAGAAACAAAAAUUGGAAUCAGGGAGACAAUUAGAAGAAUCAAGUGACAAUACUUUGUUUGCUCUUCUUAAGUUACCAACAAAUGUAGCAGAUAAGCCACCAGCAAAAGUUGACACAGAGAAACUUUCUACAUUCUCCAAUCUCUUACAAAAAUACACAGCUGAUCACACUGUAGAAACAAAAAUAGUUGAAGAGAAGCACAAUCAUUUACCAAUAGACUGGGCUCUGAAAACAAAGUUAAGGUUGAUGUCUGCAAAGCCAUUUGCAUGGACUGCAAAGUUGAAAGCAAGUGAAGAAGCUUCCGGAAUCACUGGUUUUGUCCGUUGCUUGGACACAUCAUCAUUGACACUGGACACAUCACCGCGGGCACGGUUCCACCAGUGCUGUCUCUACUGGCAGCAUCCGCAGCUGCCAUGGCUGCAACUAUUCCCCCGCGCCGCCCGUCACGCCGCAGCCCCCGCACUCUCCCUCAGCACCGCGCAACGGGAGGCGCUGCACAGGGAGUGGACAGAGAGUUUUCGUUCUUUAUUCCAGUUGGUGCGUGCCCUACACUGCCCAUACUUCUACUUGUGCGCGAACACAUUCACGUGCUUGUUCCGGGCGGCGGGCGUGUGCGGUGUGUCGGAGCCCUGCGCCCUCAUCGCGCCCACCACGCGCGGCUUCCGCCAGACCUUGCGGCAGGAGGAUGUAGAGUUCACGAUGCCGCUGCGUCCUGACAACAAGAAAAGACUGAACACAUCGGAAGAGGAACGUCCAAAGAACUCGUCGGCCGACAGCUGCUACGACACGAUGGAGGCCCGGCCGGCGCAACACGAUCAGCUGGCCAGCUCGGGUGAUGAAGAGGACCCUGACCAGUUCCUGUCGCAGUUGGGCUUGGAAACUGAGGAUCUUAGAAGGAUAAACAGUGCUCAAGCGCGUAUGACUCAAUCAGCUGAGAGUAGUGUGGACAGCGCGGCGGAGUCGCUGGUGUUGGUGCGGGGUGCGGAUGCGCAGGCGCUGUUCAACUUCCUGCUCAACUGCCGCUCGCUGGCCAGCGACACGGGCGCGCUCGCCGGCGUCCCCCCCACACUGCUCGCGCCCACCGCAUUCCACGGGGGGGCGCUGCAAUCGCUCAAGUUUCGUGAGAACACAGUGCACGUGGAGAGCAAGAAGUACUACUCUAUAGAGCUGCGCGGGCCGAUCUUGCCGAGCGCGGUGCCGGCGCUGUGCGGUGCGCUGCGGGCCAGCGCCGCCGCCAGCUACAGCGCAACCUUCGCACACCUCGCGCCCACGCUCGCCUUCUCCUGGGCGGCCAGCGCCAUCGCACAAGAAGAAACAUCGAAGGAUAAUGAACCGAAUCAUUUCACGAAAGCUUUCAACAAAGAGAACUUAUCAGAUUGUGGCAUAAACAAAGACAUGCUCCAACUGUUUUGUUCCUCGGACCCCAGUUUAGUGAAGUCAAUCGACAGUGUCAAGUAUAACGCAGAAGACGAAACAUAUUCAUGGUGAUUGUAAGCGUGAGUUUUCACUGACGAAACACAGAGAGUUGAUGUUGUUUAUGUUUCGGCAGUGGAAACUCACAG